AUGCGGGACUGACUGCCUGGCUGCACUGCUGCUGCUCCAACCGGCGCCGCAACGUCCCGUGCACGGCCCACCCACCCUUCCAACCCGUUCGAACUUCGGCGCGGGCAAAGAGUUCCGAUCCCUUCUCUGCUUCAUCUUCUCCCGACAGCGCAGUUCGUUCGAGGUCAUUCUACUCUGACAUAUCAAUUCUUCUACCUCCUUCUCCUCCUCCUCUCCUUCUACCUACGGUAUACUCGGUGGCAAAUCCAGCUGGCCUGCUUACCAACCUACCAACCCACCCACCUAGUUACCUACAUCAACCUACAAACCACCCUCACCUCUACCUCUACCUCUACCUCACCUCACACCAAUCCACAAUCCACAAUCCAAAAUGUCCGCCACCACCCCGACCUCGUAAUGUGCCGCAAACAACCCGGGAUCUCAAUCGGCCGCCUCUGCGACAAAUGUGACGGCAAGUGUCCCGUGUGCGACUCCUACGUGCGGCCCACCACGCUCGUCCGCAUCUGCGACGAGUGCUCCUUCGGCAACUACCAGAACAAGUGCAUUGUGUGCGGCGGCGAGGGCAUCAGCGAUGCCUUCUACUGCUUCGAGUGCACGCGCCUCGAGAAGGAUCGCGACGGGUGUCCCAAGAUUAUUAAUCUGGGGAGUUCGAGGACGGAUUUGUUUUACCAGAAGAAGAGUUUUCGGAAUCAUUGA